AUUACUUCUAAGGGCAUUAAACACUCCAAAUUAAAUCAAUUAAGUCAAGCCCGGGCCAUUCAAACGCUUGACUUUGGUGGUGUCAAAGAAAAAGUCCAUGAACGAUCUGAUUGGCCAAAAGAAAAAUUCCAAAAACUUUUUGAAAAUGAUACGAUUGCUAUAAUUGGAUAUGGACCACAAGGAAGGGGACAAUCUUUAAAUGCAAAAGACAAUGGAUUGAAUGUUAUCAUUGGACUAAGAGAAGGAGGUAGAAGCUGGAAAUUAGCAUUGGAAGACGGUUGGGUGCCUGGAAAAAACCUUUUUAAUAUUAAUGAUGCACUUGCGAAAGGAACAAUCAUUGGUAACCUUUUGUCCGAUGCGGCUCAAAAGGAACUUUGGCCUCAAUUCGUUCCGCAUUUGACGAAAGGAAAGACCAUAUAUUUUUCACAUGGUUUUUCAAUUGUAUACAAGGAUCAAACAAAUGUCAUACCACCAAAAGAUAUUGACGUGAUUAUGAUAGCUCCGAAGGGAUCGGGCAGAACUGUUCGUUCACAAUUUCUUGAUGGACGUGGCAUUAAUUCGUCAUUUGCAGUAUUCCAGGAUGCUAGUGGUAAAGCACGAGAUAGAUGCGUUGCUCUUGGAAUUGCCAUCGGAUCUGGAUACCUUUACGAAACCGACUUUAAAAAAGAAGUCUUCUCGGAUCUUUUCGGUGAACGAGGAGUUCUCAUGGGUGCCAUUCAGGGGCUAUUUCUUGCACAAUAUGAGGUCUUGAGAGCGCAUGGGCAUACACCUUCUGAAGCAUUUAACGAAACAGUAGAAGAAGCCACUCAAUCAUUGUAUCCAUUAAUCGGUGAGAAUGGCAUGGAUUGGAUGUACGCGUCUUGUUCUACGACAGCACAAAGAGGUGCACUCGAUUGGUAUAAACCAUUUCAUGACGCCACAAAGCCAGUUUUCGAAAAAUUAUACGCAUCAGUAGCUGACGGGACUGAAACGCGACGGACGUUAGAAAAAAAUUCGUCACCUAAAUAUCGCGAAGAAUUAGAAGAAGAGCUAAAAGAAAUUAGAGAAAGUGAGAUUUGGAAAGCUGGUAGGACUGUACGUUCUCUUCGUCCAGAAAAUUGUUGA